AUGACUACAAGGGAUCUGAUUCUACGCUACCAGUCCAAGUUUAUCUUAACUUUGUUGAAAUACUUCAUUUCAGGUAUUGCAUGGUCCAAUGAUGAUUGCUGGAAAGAGAUGAGACGCUUUGCUUUGACAAAAAUGAGAGACUUUGGGAUGGGCAAGAAGGUAAUUGAGGACAAGAUCAUUGAGGAGUCUCACUACCUCAUGGAAGUGUUUAAGAAAUUUAAAGUUCAUGUCCCAGACCAGGUCCGGGAGGAGCUCAACAGGGUGAUAGGGAGUCGUCAGGUGCAAGUCGUGUUCAGGAAGAACCUGCCCUUCACUGACGCUGUCAUCCAUGAGACUCAGAGACUGGCAAACAUUGUCCCCAUGGCGCUUCCUCACAAAAUGAGCCAAGACGUCACUUUCCAGGGUCACUUCAUUAAAAAGGGGACCACAGUGUAUCCUCUCCUGACAUCUGUCCUGUAUGAUGAGACCGAGUGGGAGAGACCACACUCCUUCUAUCCUGCCCACUUCCUGGACAAAGAUGGGAAGUUUUUUAAGCGAGAUGCCUUCAUGCCUUUUUCUGCAGGUCGCAGGGUUUGUCCUGGAGAGGGUCUGGCCAGGAUGGAGCUCUUCAUCUUCUUCACCACCCUCCUGCAGCACUUCCGUUUCACUCCUCCACUGGGAGAUUCAGAGAAUGAAUUGGAUCUGACACCACGUGUUUGCUUAACUGUCAGUCCUUCACCCCACAAACUGUGUGCUGUCUCCUGUAUGUGAGCAGUAGGCUUCUGUAAAUUAGAGCCUUUUAGCUUUUUCUCUUUUUUUUUUUAUUUUUUGAAAGAUUUAAUGAGAACAAACCUGGUUUAACAUUUGUGGAAUUUAUGGGCAAUGUGACACUUGAAUCUACAUUACUUUAAUCUGAUUUAUAUUACUUGAAUCCACCGACAGUAAAACUGAAGGAGAUUAGUUAAAUAUAUAUGAUGCCUUUAAAGCAACAUCUGAUCAUCAGGUGAUGUCA